UGCUGUUGCUCUGUGAAACUCCGUGAGAGAUGUGGGGGAGGGGCUCGUGUCAAAAUUAAAGCCAUUAUUUACUUCAGGUGUGUGUGAGGGAGAAUGCUGUAAAAAAUCCAACUUUAAAAUGUUCAUUCAACAAAGAACAUUAAGUAACUUGAACAAAGAUUUCUUUGUUGUAGGGCGUCAAUUGAUUAUUUUGUGUUCACUAAAUGAAAAGAGCAUAAUCAUUCAGCUAACAAAUAUUAUUUUGUUGACUGGACUUAGAUGUAAAAGUUUUUGUCCAAUUCGUUCACCCAACUUGCCAAACUGAGUAAUCUGAACAAGCAAUUAAAAAAAAACAAUGGUCGGAAUGGUUCCCAGCAUGCAUUGCGACAUGUUCCCUUCUUUGGUUAAUAUUUACUAAAAAAGAUGACUGUUUUAAUGUUUGCUGGAUUUAUUUAUGUUGUUAAUGUUAGUUAUAUGUUGUAUUUAGUUUGUUCAUUGUUACCAUUAUUGAGAACUGUGUGUUCAGUGUAGAGGGCUACACAAUGAGUUAGCGCGCAUCAUUGUUGCCUCACAGCAAAAAGGUCUCUGGUUUAAGUCGGACAAAGACUUUGUUUACGAGACCUUUCUGUGUACACUCCCACAAUCCAAAACAUGUAGAUUAGUUAAAUUUGCGUAAUUACUCUUUACCUAACUUAGUCACUAGUUGAAAAACAUAGAAAUUUGCUUAUUACCUAAUCAGUUUAAGUUGGUUCAACUUUUUGGUGUAAGUUGACAUUACUCAGUAAAUUGAGUUAGGUAAACUACAUCAUCCAAGAGUUGAGUAAACUCAAAUAAGCUGUGCAGCAAGUUGCCUUGAAAAUGUAAGUUAAGUCAACUUUUUAUUUUUUACAGUGUUUAAUGUGUGAUUCAGUUAUUCAGUACUUAUUCAGUUUAAGUUAAUUUUUAAUAUAGUACUUAUUCGGUUUAAGUUAUGGUUAAUCAUUUGCAGUUUUUGAGUUCAUAUCACAGUUUUUAUUAAGUGAAAUUAACUUUUUAAAAAACAAUAAGUUAAAUAAACUCAUUUCAUUUAGUGACUUACACUGUUAGGUUUUACAGUGUAUGUAAAGAUUAUAUUUUAAGUUGUUAUGAGCUUGAUCAUGAUUUCUGUUUAAAAGUUUUUGGAUGUGCUUUAAUUGAACAACUAAAUAAUAAUAAUAAAUCAACCAUACACAACUUUAUUUUUUUUUUUUUAAAUCUAUUUUACCAUCCUGGAUGAUACAAUUAGAUGUGAAUGACGUCAUUAUGUAAAGUACGUUAAAGAACUGAUUAAUCUGGUGAAAAAAGAGUCGGACUUCCCAUCACUAUACAGAAUCUCAAUUCUUCAUCCUUCUUUAUGUAAAUAAGAGUGAAAAGACAAUUUAAUUUUUCAUGUUUCUUUCAGAUGUGAAGAGUGAUUCAUGUUUGGAUAUAGAAAUAACGUCCUCAACAUCAAAAGAGCGACUGACAGCACAAACUCUUUCCUGCAUCACCUGUGGAAAGACAUUCAGCUCACAGAGACAUUUAGAGAGACAUGAGAGAAAACACACAGAACAGAAACUCUUCAACAGAUCUGAGAUCAGCUUUACUACCUUACAAGAGAAGAAACUUCAUUCAGAAGACCACAGAGAGAAGAAGAAGAAGCAGUUUCACUGUGAGCAGUGUGGGAGGAUUUGUGUCUCUUCCUCUGAUCUAAAUGUUCACAUGAGGAUACACAGUGGUGAAAAGCCUUUCAACUGCACUGAAUGUGGAAAAUACUUCAGAACCAAACAAUAUCUUAAAGUUCAUCAGAAAAUUCACACUGAAGAGAAACAUUAUCACUGUAAUGUCUGUGGGAAGAGUUUUGUUCAACAGUCAAACUUACUUUAUCACAAGAGAAUUCAUACAGGAGAAAAACCUUUCAAAUGCUCUCAGUGUGACAAGACGUUUACUUGUUCAAGUAACUUAAAAGACCAUCAGAGAGUUCACAAUGGAGAGAAACCUUAUCACUGUAGUGUCUGUGGGAAGAGUUUUAGUCAACAGACUUCAUUACUAAAUCACACGAGACUUCAUACAGGUGAAAAACCUUUCCAAUGCUCUCAGUGUGACAAGACGUUUUCUCAGUCAGGUUCCUUAAAAUCCCAUCAAAGAGUUCAUACUGGAGAGAAACCUUAUCACUGUAGUGUCUGUGGGAAGAGUUUUCGUGUAAGUGAUACCUUACUUAAGCACAAUAGACUUCAUACAGGUGAAAAACCCUUCAAAUGCUCUCAGUGUGACAAGACGUUUAUUAGUUCAAGUAACUUAAAAACCCAUCAGAGACUUCAUACUGGAGAUAAACCUCAUCACUGUAGUGUCUGUGGAAAGAGUUUCUCUCAUUUAUAUCAUUUAAGAGUUCAUCAGAGAGUUCAUACUGGAGAAAAACCUUAUCACUGUAGUGUCUGUGGGAAGAGUUUUAGUGUAAGUGAUACCUUACUAAAGCACAAUAGAGUUCAUACAGGUGAAAAACCUUACAAAUGCUCUCAGUGUGACAAGACGUUUACUUGUUCAAGUAACUUAAAAACCCAUCAGAGAAUUCAUACAGGUGAAAAACCUUUCAAAUGCUCUCAGUGUGACAAGACGUUUGCUCAGUCAGCUUCCUUAAAAGUUCAUCAGAGAGUUCACACAGGAGAGAAACCUAAACACUGCAAUGUUUUUGGGAAGAGUUUUGCUCAUAAAUCUUACUUAAAAAACCAUCAGAGAGUUCAUACUGGAGAGAAACCUUAUCAAUGUAGUGUCUGUGGAAAGAGUUUUGGACAACAGGGAAACUUUUUUUAUCACAAAAGAGUUCAUACAGGUGAAAAACCUUUCAAAUGCUCUCAGUGUAACAAGACGUUUACUUAUUCAAGUAACUUAAAAACCCAUCAGAGAGUUCACACUGGAGAGAAACCUCAUCACUGUAGUCUCUGUGGGAAGAGUUUUAGUCAAGGGUCUUCAUUACUAAAUCAUAAGAGAAUUCACACAGGUGAAAAACCUUUCAAAUGCUCUCAGUGUGACAAGACGUUUGCUCACUCAACUUCCUUAAAAUCUCAUCAGAGAGUUCAUACUGGAGAGAAACCUUACGUCUGCUUUCACUGUGGAAAGAGCUUCACUAAUUCAUCCUAUUUAAGAGUUCAUCAAAGAGUUCAUACUGGAGAGAAACCUCAUCACUGUAGUAUCUGUGGGAAGAGUUUUAGUGCAAAGGCUGCCUUACUUAAUCACGAGAGAGUUCAUACAGGUGAAAAACCUUUCAAAUGCUCCCAGUGUGACAAGACGUUUACUCAAGGGACACAUCUUAAAGUUCAUCAGAGACUUCACACUGGAGAAAAACCUUAUCAUUGUAGUGUCUGUGGGAAGAGUUUUAGUCAACUGUCAAACUUUCUUAUUCACAACAGAAUUCAUACAGGUGAAAAACCUUUCAAAUGCUCUCAGUGUGACAAGACGUUUACUUGUUCAAGUAACUUAAAAGACCAUCAGAGAAUUCACACUGGAGAGAAACCUUAUCACUGUAGUGUCUGUGGGAAGAGUUUUAGUUACUGGAAUAGCUUUCUUGAUCACAAGAGAGUUCAUACUGGAGAGAAACCUCAUCACUGUGGUGCAUGUGGGAAGAGUUUUAGUCAUCACACUUCAUUAGUAAAUCACACAAGGCUUCAUACAGGUGAAAAACCUUUCAAAUGCUCUCAGUGUGACAAGACCUUUGCUCAGUCAGCUUCCUUAAAAUCCCAUCAGAGAGUUCAUACUGGAGAGAAACCUUACGUCUGCUCUCAUUGUGGAAAGAGCUUCUCUUAUUCUUCUUAUUUAAGAGUUCAUGAGAGAGUUCAUACUGGAGAGAAACCUCAUCACUGUAGUGUCUGUGGGAAGAGUUUUAGUGCAAAGUCUACCUUACUAAAGCACAAUAGAGUUCAUACAGGUGAAAAACCUUACAAAUGCUCUCAGUGUGACAAGAUGUUUGCUCAGUCAGGUCAUUUGAAAGCCCAUCAGAGAGUUCAUACUAGAGAGAAACUUUAACACUGUAAUCAUGAAAUCAGAAAAAUAUUAUUUUUUAUA